AUGCCCCGCUUCAUUCCGGGAGAGCGUUUCUGGCUGAGCUCAACAGACACCAGCGGCGCCAGCAAACAGCCCCGCAGAGGCCGCGCUGAGCGCCUGCGGCUUUCCAGCCCCGGGAGCUUAAGAUCCUGGCGUCCUGGGAGCAAGGACAAGCCGCGCACCGGCCAGCACGCCCUAGCCCCGGCCGGUGCCCACCGCCAGCCCGCAGCGCCCAGCGCGGGGCCCGGGCAAGGCCCAAGUGUGGUCCAGCAAGAAGAGGCCAAGCUGCAGGGCCGGGAGGAAACGGCACAGGCCGGUGCUGCUGGGGCCCAGGGGCCAGGGGGCGAAUGCAGGCGCUGCGGGCGCGGCGGGCGGGGCGCGCUGCUGGCCUGCGCCGCGUGGACGGCGGGCUGGGCGCUGGCGGCCGCGCUGCUGCUCCGCGCGCACCCGGCCGCGCUCUCCGCGCGCUGCACCGACGAGGGGAGCCGGCGCACCCUGGCCGCGCUGUGCCGGGACUACCGCGCGGGCGCGCUGGCGGGCGAGCUGUGCGAGGACCUGUGCGUGGCGGGGACGCUGCUGUACCGGCGCUGCCUCCACUACGACAGAGGCAAGAAGGUGCUGCAGGCUGACUGGCGUGGCCGGCCCGUCGUGCUCAAGUCCAAGGAGGAGGCCUUCUCCCGCUUCCAGCCCCUCGGCCCUCUGGGGGCUGCCGCCGACGAGGAGGGGGGCCCGGAGCUCCCGGAGGCCGAGCUCCUCCUGCUGCUGGCCGGGGAGGUCCGGAACGCCCUGGGCCUGGAGCUGGCCAACGGCAGCCUGGGGCCGCUGUGGCCGGCAGGGUGGUGGGGCCAGCGGCGGCGGGGCCAGCUGGCCAGCCUGUGGGCCCUGGUCCAGCAGGAGGAGUUUGUGCUGUUCAGCCUCCUGCAGGGCCUCAGCCGCCACGCCCUGCCCGUGCUGGGCUCCUGCGGCCACUUCUACGCCGUGGAGUACCUGGCGGCCGGCAGCCCCCACCAUCGGGCCCUGUUCCCCCUGGACCAGGCUGCGGGUGCCCCCCGGGGAGGCCGGGGCCAGGCCAAGGCCGUCAGUGACAUGGCCCUCAGCUUCUUGGACAUGGUGAGCCACUUCGACAACGACUUCUCCCAUCGCCUCCACCUGUGUGACGUCAAGCCCGAGAACUUUGCCAUCAGGAGCGACCUCACGGUGGUGGCUAUUGACGUGGACAUGGCCUUCUUUGAACCUAAAAUGAGGGAAAUUCUUGAGCAGAACUGCACGGGAGAUGAGGACUGCAACUUCUUUGACUGUUUUUCAAAGUGUGACUUGAGAGUCAACAAGUGCGGGGCCCAGCGAGUCAACAGCAACCUGCAGGUCAUCUGCGACAAGAUCUUCCGACACUGGUUUUCCUCGACCCCCCGGAGAGCGGCCAUCUCCUUCCCGCUCCAGCGGCAGCUGCGGGAGGCUGUGCAGGAGUGUGCAGACCCAGGGGUUCCCUCUGGGAGCACCCAGAUAGCGGCCCCCGGCGUGUUCUGGAAGCUUCAGCGCCUCCUCCGGGCAACGCGGAGGGAGCUGCAGGGGGCAGAGAAGUAGCCACUGCUGGGCUGGGCGCUCACCAGAGGUGGCCCCGGCCUGUCUGAGUGGCAAAGGGGAGAUGUCCACUGUGCAAACGAGUGACGGCUCGGUCGCGGGGGGCCCUGGGCAGUGGAAUGGCUGGACGCUGCUCUGUCCCUGGUCAGCUGCCCUGGGGUGCACCUCCCUCCCCCAUCCUGGCUUCAUUCCUCUUGUUUGAAAGACAGUCCUGACCUCUGACCUGUCACCCUAUGAAAAAGACUUGGGGGGGCUCAGAGAGGUUUGCCUUGGAGCCCUCGGCCGGCAAACAGCACCGAUGCCACUGGCACUCUCCGUGACCCGCGCUGCCCGAGCCUCCCGUCUCCCCGCAAACCACCAGCACGUUUAGACUGCUCUUGGGUGGGCAUGACGAGGUGAGUGUGUGCGCGUGCUGGCGGGCACAGGCGAGCGUGUGGCCACAGGUGUGCAAGUGGGGGAGCGGUCCGGGCGAGUGU